UUUUGACAUUUGUCGUCCACAAGAACCAGUUUGUUUACAGUCGCUGCUGCCGCUGGUGACGAAGACAAUUUCGGAAAGUUUACUGCAUGUUCUGUGUGCUUUUACUCAGUUAAAUACCGUGUUUUCCGAUUGUCCAAGUAGUAAUAACACCAUGUCGGAUGUGAACCGCGCCAAAGAAAUCUCCGAGGAACCGCCAAUGUCCAGGCUGUUUGUGAUCUGCGGCAAGCAAAUCACGAAGGAGCAGCUAAUAAAACACUUCGAACCGGACGGCACAAUCGAAGAGUGUGUUGUGAUAACGGAUCGCAAGACCGGUCAGGGCAAGGGAGUUGCCUACGUAAAGUUCACCAAAACGUCGGCUGCUGCCCGUGGGCUGAGAAAGAAUGGCACUGUUGUGGAGGGUGAUACGCGACCAAUUAAAGUGAUGAUAUCCGCAAGCUACAACCGUGACAAGAACAGCGAUACGUCGGCGGACGUGAAUGAAAACCAAUUUCUGCGCCUGUUUGCAAUCGUGCCGAGCAACCGUACGGAGGAACAGCUGAAGGAAGAGUUUGGCACGCACGGGACGGUAACGCAAGUACGCCUAGUGCCGGACAAAAAGAACGACAAACAGUGUGCGGCGUACAUUAAGUUUCCCACCUUCCUUGAGACGGCCCUGGCCAUCGAGAACUGCAACCCUCAGUACAAAGCAAAAUUUUGUGUACCGCGCAGCAAGCUACAGCAGGAGCGGGAACUGAAGGGGCAGCUGUCACCGGACCCGUUCAACCGGAAGCGUGCCCAUUCGCCCGAUCGGCUGUCGACGGUUCGGGGUGACACGAAGCUGGUCGUGAUCUGUAGCAACCAGCUCAAUCAGGACCGAUUGUGGCGCCUGUUUGACAUAUGCCCUGGGAUGAAGUACUGCAGCAUUAUCACAGCUAGUGAGAUCAAUAUAACAGCAGCAGUCGUGUAUUCAAGCCGGCAGGAAGCACAGCGGGCGGUCGAUAAAAUCCACGGCCUAGAGUAUCCGCUCGGCGAACGGAUCAUCGUGCGGUUCGAGGAGGAGCUGAAGGAGGAACUCAUCACGAAGGAUACACUGACACAGUUUGGACCGCCGAAGCCGCUCGUGCCGGACGCGGUGCAGUUUGUGAAGAAAGCGUUCUUCAUCUGCAUGCCCGAGGCCGUGUCGGUGAAGCUGCUGACGGAUGCGUUUUGCCGGUUCGGUGAUCUGAUCAAGGUGUAUCUCGUGCCGGGCAAACGGCACGGCUAUGCGGAGUUUGCGAGCGAUGUUGCAGCCAACCGUGCCAUUCAGCAGCUGCACGGUAUGCAGCUGGGCGAUUGCCGGCUAAAGGUGCUGGAGUGUGCCGAGUACACGGGGGACCAGAAACGGAACCGGAUGGAGCACUAAACUCACCGAACAUCAACUAUCCGGCGGGUGAGUUGCUGCGGUAGUCAUGAUUUUUUGGCGUUCUGUUUGCUUUUCUGUUUCCUUUUCCGUUCUUUUGCAGAUGUGUUGCGUCGUGUGGAGUAGUGUACGUGGAGCGGACGGCAAACGCGAUUGUUCUACUGUUGGCCGCAUCAAAGAGCUGUUGCCAUAACUAAUUGAAGCUAUUUGUUUGCAGGUAUGUACUCAUGACGUUUGAAAUCCCUGUAAUGGUACUGUAAGCGAAUGUACAACUGACUACAACGAAAUACUGCAUUGGAAGAAGGAAUAAUAGGAAGUAAAUAGUAUGUUUGAAAUAAGAACUAUGAAUGACUUCUGGAUGUAUUGCUGUAACCUAUUCUCUGAAGUACUGUUUUAUAGUUGUUAAAAUACAUCGAAUCUCAAAUACUAAAAGAAAUGCUAGAACGUAGGAAAUUAAAAUUUAAUUAACCUUUAACAAACAAUUUCUUAAGCAAUUUGUACAAUUCAAACGGGAGAAACUAUGGAAUGGAAGAAUCAACUUGAAAUGUUGUAAUAACCGGUACACUUGCACAACUCAAACAUUGUAGAAAUUUGACUUUGAUGGAAUACUGUAAUAAUUACUAACACUAGUAAGUACUUCAACACAGUCGACUCCUUUAACAUUCGUGCCUAACUAACGAACAUGGAAUAAACCUGAGAACUUGACUGUUGUAUAAA